UUUCAAUUGCACCGAGCAACAGCCUGUUACACUGCUUGUCGUUACAAAGGGACUUCAAGUUAGAGUGGAUUCUCCAACAGGGACUAAUUUUAACCACUUCCAAAGAUGACGGUACAAUUUAAAGAUGCCUUUUGGGGAGUGGACUUCGUCAGUAAUAUUGGGUAUGAGACUAUCAGUCAGAGACUUAAUGAUGGUCGGCGGACAUGCAAAGACAUGGAGGAGAUCUUGAAAAUGAGGGCAUCAGCAGAGGAGAAAUACGGCAAGGAACUGGUCACAAUUGCCCGCAAGGCUGGGGGUUUAUCUGAGAUCUGCACUUUGAGAACAUCUUUUGAUGAAAUGAGAAGACAAAUUGAAAAAGUAGGAGACUUGCACAUCCAGCUUUCUGGAUUCCUAAAGGAGGAGGUGAAGAGAAUGGAGCAGUUCAGAGAGCGACAGAAAGAACAGAGAAAAAAGUUUGACGUCAUCAUGGAGAAGGUCCAGAAGACAAAAGUCUCCCUCUACAAAAAAACAAUAGAAUCGAAAAAAUCCUACGAUCAGCGUUGCAGGGAGGCAGAUGAGGCAGAGCAAACUGCUGAGAAGAUGGGCAACACUCCCACAGCCACUCCCAAACAGAUCGAGAAGAUAAAUAACAAAUCUAAACAGUGCAGAGAAGCUGCAGAGGAGGCUGACAAACAGUACAAGUCAAACAUCGAGCAGCUUGACAGGACUCGUCAAGAGUGGGAUUCAACACAUAGCAACACAUGUGAGAUGUUUCAGCAGCAGGAAGAAGAUCGCCUCAGCGUACUAAGGAAUGCGUUGUGGGUGCACUGUAACCAUUUAUCAAUGCAGAAUGUGCAAGCUGAUGAGUGCUAUGAGGAUGUGAGGAAAAUGCUGGAAAAGUGUGACAUCAUCGCAGACAACAACUGCUUUGUGGACAUGAGAAGCACCGGCUCGACCCCCUCAGCUCCAAUUGAAUACCAGAAUUACUACGAGGGGAAUGCUAGAGACGACAGAAAUGGCAGUGCUGGAUUCGUAGGAGGAGUGAUGAAAAAGUUCUCAAAUCUUCUGCAAUCGAACUGUUCCAGUGGCUCCAAAUUGAGCAUCAAUGAACCAGUUGCACAACCUGCUGAAACAUCAGAAGGAGUAUACGCGUCCAUUCCUGGGUGUCAGGUGUCCCAGCCAAGCAGUGACGGGUACAAGGUCGUGUACGACUAUACGGCACAGGGUGAUGAUGAGCUCUCUGUGUGUGUCGGGGACAAUGUGGACGUCAUAGAUCAAGGGGAGGACGGCUGGUGGACGGUGAAAAGAAAUGGCCUUACUGGUUUGGUCCCAGGCUCUUACCUGGCCCAAGAAUGAGUUUCCCUGACAGCCAUAUGUAGGACUACUUCAUGUAAUAUUUUGUAAAGGUCUUGUCAUUUCAAAUUAUAGUUUGAUCUUAUUUGUUGUUCAUAUUUGUGUUUCGUGCAUCAUUAAAGCCCCUACGAGUAGCCCACUAUGGUAGUAUCAUAAAAGACACUGUGGCAGAGAUGCUGAUUGUUUUCACAGGGCUAUUCUUGUUUUUUCUACAAAACCUCAAACUGUUAGAAUAAUUUGAAAGACACUUUUAUCACAUAAUAAUCCUACAGACAGGGGCUGUCACAUACAGUAGCACGACACAGUGUUGAAUGAUGAAUUAUUUAUUGCUAUGGCACAUAUUCAUAUGACUUUGCCCUUACUGCUGGCGUGUUGAGAGCUCCUCAUACCAAUGACAGCUGGGAGAUUACGUGAUAUUUUUGCACAAGGUCACUGCACUAAGUUUAUUCAUAUGCUACUGUGGUAUUCUUGUAUAUCUGCAGUCCUAAAUGUUGGGCAAAAUGUUUUAUUUCUGUUGUUAGCGUGUAUAUAAUUUCUAUGUGUGGUUACUGUUUCUAUUUUGAAUGUUAAAAAGAAUAAUUGUUUGUGAA